AUGUUCUGGCUGCUUAUUUUUGCAGUGGCCGUGCUUGCAUACAGACCGUCAGAUAGGAAAAGGGACACGUAUUCAGCUGUUCUACGCAGCCCCAAGCCAUGCGGCUUGAAAGACUACGAGGGGCUUCUAACCUUCAUGAAGUCUCCCGAGCGCGACCUGUACGAUCUUACUAUCGAGUACGGCUAUACCACGCCUGUGCUGCUAUUCUUAGACGUCAAUGAACAGGAACUAGGCCGUGUUUACAUCGACAAGAGCCACACGCCUGUGGCAAUUCAGGCGUUGCUGGAUGAAGCUGAUAUCCCGGUUCGCAGGUAA